AUGUUGCCAAUCGUGUCUCGUGCCACGAUGUCGUCCGCGCCAUACACUCGCGCGGUAGUGAGCGCGAUGCGCAAGCUGUACCCCGAAGCAUUGGCGGACAAGAGUUUCGACAACACCGGCCUCCUGCUGGAAGCUCCCUUUGAUCCGAGACGCAGACAGAGGAACUCUGUUCUGCUGACUAUCGACCUGACCAAGGCUGUGGCGAAUGAGGCUAUUGCGCGCCAGGACUCGAUUGUUGUUGCGUAUCAUCCCAUCAUCUUCCGCGGACUCAAGAGCUUGACGCUCCAGGACUCGCAGCAACAGAGUCUCCUCCGACUAGCUGCCGCGGGUAUCAGUGUCUACAGCCCUCACACAGCCGUCGACUGCGCCCGCGGCGGCCUCGGCGACUGGCUCGCAGACAUCGUAACCGGAACGCCCACCCACCUCCCCUCAGACCCAAAACAGCAACAGCAACAACCCCACCCCUCCGACCACACCUCCCAACAACCGCAAACCAUCCCAAAGAGACCCCUCUACAUGCUCCAACACCACCCCUCACAGCAAACUUUGCAACAAAAAGCCCUCUCCCUCGGCACCAAACCGCACGACCGGCGGCCCAUCGUGCCCACCAGCAUGCCCAACUACUCCCCCGAAGAAACGGGCAUGGGCCGCAUCGUGCGCCUGCACGACGCCGUGCCUCUAACGGCAAUUAUAGACAACAUUGCUCUCGGGCUCGGGAAUCCAAAGGGCUUUCCCAUCGCCGUGCCGCAGGGCAAGCAGAUUAGUGACAUGAUGAUUCGCACUAUCGGGAUCUGCGCGGGUAGUGGAGGCCACUUGUUCGGGGAGUUGAGGGAACCUGUUGACUUGCUUUUUACGGGGGAGAUGUCGCAUCAUGAGGCGCUGGCGGCGAUUGAGAAGGGGCAGUGUGUGAUUGCUUUGUUCCAUAGUAAUACCGAGCGUGGGUUUUUGAGUGGCGUGUUGAAAGGGCAGUUGGAGGGGGAGAUUGCGGAGGAGUGGAAACGGCUUCGAGACGAACAGCGCUCGACCAACGGCGUCGAGCACGACAAGGACUACCUCGCCGCGCUGGAAGACGAGAGCAUCGAAGUGCACGUCAGCGAAGUCGACCGCGAUCCCUACGGCAUCAUGAUCGCCAAGUCCUAA